AGAAGUUGGCGAGCUGCAGGCGCCGGCGGCAGAGCGCGCUUGUGCGCAGAGAAGCGCGGAGCUGGCGAGCCUUCCGCCCUUAAAGGCGAGCGCCAGCUGGGGAAGGCGCGGAGAGCUGUAGCCCUGCGAUGUGCCCGGAGCAGCACGAGUGGAGGCAGGUAAGGGGGCGUGGCUCUUGAACCUUUGAAGGCGAUGCCUGGCUGGAAUAGGAGAGAGAAGGCUGCCUCUGGCAGCUGAAGAAUGAAGUCCCCUCCUUGCUGCCUGUCCCUUUCUUCAGGAGCAUCUGGAGAGGAGCUGGGUGAGAGCACGUCCUUUGGAUCUGUGGAGUCCAGUGUCUUCUGCAGUGAGGAGGAGCCAGGAACCUUGCUGCGGCCGGUGGCCCCGUCCUUGGACUGCAUCACAGUCAAUGUUGGAGGGGCCCGCUUUGUGCUGUCCCAGAAAAAGCUGUGCUGCUACCCGGACACCCGCCUGGGCAAGCUGGCUGUAGUGGUGUCAGCUGCCCGGGACGUUGCCUCCAGCCUCCUGGAUCUCUGCGAUGAUGCCAAUUUGGUGGAGAAUGAAUAUUUCUUUGAUCGGAGCUCUCAGGCAUUUAGUUACAUCCAUAAUUAUUACCAGACGGGCCGGCUGCACGUGAUGGAUCAGCUCUGUGCACUUUCCUUCCUGCAGGAGAUCCAGUAUUGGGGGCUGGAUGAGCUGAGCAUUGACUCUUGCUGCAGAGACAGGUACUUCAGGAGGAAGGAACUGAGUGAAGCCUUGGAUAUCAAGAAAGAAGCUGAAGCACUCGAUGCCCAGGAAGAGGAAGAGGACUUCUCCGGGAGCAUCUGCCCCAGAUUCAGGCAGAAGCUUUGGGAGGUAUUGGAAAAACCUGGGUCUUCUGUCGCUGCCAGGACUUUUGGCACCAUCUCCAUGGCCUUUGUCGUCAUCUCUAUUGCCAACAUGGCCCUCAUCUCUGUAGAACUGAGCUGGCUGCCACCACACCUCCUUGACAUCCUGGAGUAUGUGUGUAUCGCCUGGUUCACAGGAGAGUUUGCCCUGCGUUUCCUGUGCGCACAGAAGAAAUUCUACUUCAUACGGAAUGUAGCAAACAUCAUAGACCUGCUGGCCAUUUUGCCCUUCUACAUCACUCUGGUAGUGGAGAGCUUGCGUGGCAGACACAGCUCCCAGGAGCUGGAAAACAUGGGACGUAUUGUUCAGGUGUUAAGGCUGCUGAGGGGUCUGCGCAUGCUGAAGUUGGGCCGGCAUUCAACAGGUUUGCGGUCCCUGGGCAUGACCAUUGCCCAGUGCUACGAAGAGGUCGGCAUGCUCCUGCUUUUCCUCUCUGUUGGCAUCUCCAUCUUCUCCACCGUGGAGUUCUUUGUCGAGCAAGGUGUCCAUGGCACAACCUUCACAAGUGUGCCCUGUGCUUGGUGGUGGGCUACGACAUCCAUGACGACAGUUGGCUACGGAGACAUUAGGCCGGACACAACCAUCGGCAAGAUAGUGGCAUUCGUGUGUAUAUUGUCAGGAAUUCUCGUUCUGGCUUUGCCAAUAGCCAUCAUCAAUGACCGCUUUUCUGCUUGUUACUUCACGCUGAAGAUUAAGGAAGCUGCUCUCCGGCAGCGUGAAGCCUUAAAGAAGCUCACAAAAAACAUGUCCAGCGAUUGCACCGUCAAUGUUAAUUUGCGCGACGUCUAUGCUCGAAGUGUCAUGGAUGUGCUGAGGCUAAAAGGCCGGGACAGAACAAGCACUAGGAGCAGUGGUGGUGAUGAGUUUUGGUUUUGAUUUCUUUAAAAAACAAAACAGCGUAAGGCAGGGGUAGCCAAUGUCGUACUGUCCAGAUAUUGUUAGACUACAACACCCAUCAUUUUAUUACCAUUGGCAAUGUUUGCUGCGACUGAUGGGAGUUGUGAUCCAACAACUUCUAGAGAACACUACACUGUUUAAAAUGUGUGUCUAAUGUUUCGUCAGCCUUGAUAAUAAAUGCUGUGUUGAAUACGAGGCUAACAAUUGUUUCAUGUUCUCGCCUAUUAAAUUUCCCUUUCCAGGUUUCUGAGCAUAUGACAACAAUUACCCUAACCCAAAGGCUUAUUAAAAGCAAAAACACUCAGGUUAUACUGACUCUUACCAUUUAGACCAUUCAUUAGAAUAAAAUGGCAAAUUCAUCUACAUAAGACAAUGUUUCGGUUAUUUGGUAAUA